AUGGUCCAACUAGAAAAAUUAGAUGGAGAUCGUGCUUGGUUUGGUUCAGGAAGUAGAAUCAUCAUAACAACAAGAGAUCAACAUUUAUUAAAUAUCUUUAAAGUUGAUUCAAAAUACGAGGUGAUGACUUUGGAUGACAAUGAAGCUCUUGAGCUUUUUAGCUUGUAUGCUUUCGAGGAAAAAGAACCGUUGAGGGAUUAUGUGGACCUCUCUAAACAAGUGACAAAAUAUGCUCAAGGCCUUCCACUAGCUUUAAUAGUGCUAGGUUCGGAUCUAAAAUGUCAAAAUAUACAUCAAUGGAAAAGUGCAUUGGAUAAGUAUAAAAACAUUCCCCACCAAAACAUUCAGAGAGUACUUCAAAUAAGUUAUGAUAGUUUGGAAGAUAGCGAGAAAGACAUGUUCCUUGAUAUUGCAUUUUUCUUCAAAGGAGAACCUUUGGCUGAUGUCAUGGAAAUAUUUGAAAGUUGCCAUUUUUUUCCGGUUCAUGGUAUCCAGAAGCUUAUAGACAAGUGUCUUAUUACUGUUAAUGAUUGUGAUGAUAAAUAUGUUUGGAUGCAUGACUUGCUACAAGAUAUGGGUAAAGAAAUUGUUCGAGAAAAAUCAUCCAAAGAUCCUAGCAAACGCAGUAGAUUGUGGUUUCAUGAAGAUGUUCGUCAAGUGUUGGAAGAAGAUUAUAUGGGGCCAAACCAAAUUGAAGGCAUAAUAGUAGAUUUACCUGAAGGCGAUGAGGAGAUAAGCUUGCAUCCGGAAGCAUUUCGACAUAUGAAAGAACUUAGGGUGUUUAUAAAUCGUAAUGCACGUUUUUCUUGUGCACCCAAUUAUCUCUAUGACAAGUUAAGAGUCCUUGAUUGGUAUAACUAUUCUUUAUCAUAUUUGCCACAAAAUUUUCAAGGGAAGAAUCUCAUUGUCUUUAGAAUGCGUCAUAGCCUCAUCAAGAAGUUUGGGGAUGGAUUCAAGCCCAAGAAUUUGACAAUCAUGGCUUUCAAGUCUUGCAGUCACUUAAUAGAAAUUCCGGAUCUUUCAAGCACUUCUAAUUUGAAGGAAUUGACAAUCGAAUCUUGUCACAGACUAGUUAAGGUGCAUGAUUCCGUUGGAUCCCUAGAAAAGCUUUCUGAUCUGAGUUUUGGGAAAUGCUCUAAACUCCGAAUGCUUCCAAGAAGCCUUAAGUUGAGAUCUUUACGCAAGCUUAGUCUUCGUAACUGCUCAAGCCUUUGUGAUCUUCCUGAAAUCGAGUGUAAAAUUAAGUCUUUACGUAGAUUGGUUCUAUAUGGCUCUGCAGUAGAAGUACUACCUCUAUCCAUCGGGAACCUCGUUGGACUUGAGGAAUUAUAUCUAUCGUACUGCCAAAACCUUAUGUGUCUCCCAAUUGCUUCCAUCCAGUUGAAACAUUUAAGCAAGCAUGGUAUUGGUGGUUGUACAAAUAUUGUAAAGAAGAUGAGGGAGGAUGGACAAUCCUGUGAUCUUCCUAAUGAUUCUACAACAAUGGAAGAAGAGAUAUCAAAUUCAAGCAAUGGGAGCACUGCAUUACAACUAUCAAAUCUUCAAAUCAGUUGUUCCCAUUCAGAAUCAAAUUUCUUUCCACUAUACAGUUUCUUUACCAUGUUUAAUUCCUCGACCAGUUUGCGUUCGUUAUAUCUAGCGGGGCUUGAAAUUGUUAGCCUUCCCACCAGCAUCAAAGGAUUCGUUACACUAGCUCAUCUUAACUUGAGCCAUUGUAAGAAACUCGAAGAAAUACUACAGCUUCCACCAAAUAUAAGACGAGUAGAUGUUGAGGGAUGCAAGUCACUAGAAAGAUUUGGAGAAGUAUCAAAAAUAUUGGAAUUCAAUGGAAGCCACAUCCGAUCGCUAGGAAUAAUUGGAUUAACCGGCUGCGACAAAAUGCAUGUGAAUAUAUGGAGUGAUAAAGUGCAAAAUCCUUUAUUGUGGAAGGGACUCUAUGAUUAUGAUGCUACUUUGUUUCCUAAAACUCAUAUUCCAGACUGGUUCAGUUAUGUUCAUGAGUUUUUAAAAGAUAAUGAAAUGGUGAAGGGGCCUAAUGAUCAUAUCCGACCAAGGGAAAAAGAAGAGUGGGUAAUAGAUAUUGAGGGGCCACACUGUUUGGAGGAGAUAAGCGGAAUUGUAUUAUAUGUCGUAAUAUUUUUAUUUUUUAAUGAUACUAUGAGGUGUAAGAGAAUUUGUCGUGCUGCUAAGAUAACCAGUAACGGCUCAAAUGAUGUAUGCCGUAUUCAAGAUGGGGUACAAUUGGUUAAUAUUGAUUGGUACAAAAAGGGAAAUAGGACUGGAUAUCAUGUAUGGGUGGGGUACUCCAAUUUACAAUCUUUUGACCUCAAGGUUUUGGACAAUUUGCGAGUUCAAUUUUAUCCCAAAAGUCAUCUUUAUGCUGGGAUGGUGCCGUUUUAUGAAAGUUAUAGAGCCAAAGUGGUAUACAAGAAUGAAAGGAGAGCAAAUAAAAAAAAAAGAAGAGAUGAAGCCAAUGUUGCAAAAACUCCUGAUCAACAGAAAUUCAAUUAAUGAUAACCCCAAGUAAAUAGUAUGUCGGAUGCAUUGAAGCAGGGCCACGAUGAUAGUAUGUCGGAUGCAUUGAUGCAGGGCCAUGUUGAUAGCAUGCCGGAUGCAUUGAGGCAGGGCAACUAUCAUAUAAAAAGAUGCUUUUUGAGGUAAUAUUUGGAUUACUUUUCUCCAUAAAACCAAUUUUUACACGCAAAAAUUAACAUUCCAUUUAUUGUUUUUGCAAAGAAAAUGUUUGUUGCAACAGGCAAAAGGGUAAUGAAAUCCCAGAACUUACUGGAGGAAUUGAAUAAAUUAAUAGAAGACAAGGGAGACUCAAGAGAGGUUUUGAAGGGCCUACUUGGUUACAUCCUGUGUUCCACCCAGGAGGCAACAUUUGUUCCACCAUAUGUUGCUCUUGCCAUAAGACGAAAUCCUGGAUUCUGGGAAUUUGUUAAGGUGAACUCCGAGGACUUGUCAGUAGACGCUAUUACUGCUUCGGAAUACUUGAGAUUCAAAGAAGUGAUCUUCGAUGAAAACUGGGCGAAUGAUGAAAAUGCCUUGGAGAUAGAUUUUGGAGUCAUUGACUUAUCCACUCCUCGCAUGACCCUUACUUCGGAAAUGGUGUCAGCUUCAUCUCAAAGUUCGUGACCUCAAGGCUACAUGGGAAUCCUGAGAGUGCAAAGCCACUCCUCGAGCACUUGCAAGCUCUAUAUUAUAAAGAAGAGGUUUAAGGAGUGGGGCUUUGAGAAAGGGUGGGGGAACACUGCAGAAAGCGUUCAGGAGAUGUUAGGAUGCUUGCUGAGGUACUCCAAGCACCAGAACUCCUGAUCUAUAGUGAUCAUGGAAAUUUGGUGGCGGCUUUGAUGGCUAGCAAACUUGGAAUAACUCAGGGAACUAUUGCUCAUACUUGCGAGAAAAACAAGUAUAUAUGAAGAUUCAGAUGCUAAAUGGAAGGAAUUAGACCCCAAGCAUCACUUUUCAUGUCACUUCACAGCUGACAUAAUUUCGAUGAAUGCAGCAGAUCAGGGAGGCCCAGCAGAAAUAAAAAAGAUGCAUGCCUUGAUAGAGAAAUACGAACUUUAUGGAGAGCCAUACCGCUGUAUUGCUGAUACAAAAGGAGCUUUUGUACAUCCAGCAUUGUACGAGAAUUUCGGUCUAACAGUCGUGGAGGCAAUGAGCAGCGGAUUACCCAUCUUUGCAACAGAUCAGGGAGACCCAGCAGAAAUUAUUCUAAUAGUUUAGGAACUGGGAUGUGUUGUUACAUUUUAAUAAAAAAUUUAUUUUGUAACGAUUUUCUUUUAAAUAGCAAACGUUUGGAUUAAAGCAUUAAUAUAGAUUUUUACUUGCAUGCCGUUGCAGAUUUUCUUACAUUAAUCUAUUUUGUAAUUAUCUUGAAAGCUGUUUGUAAUAAAUUUUGGUUGAUUUAGUGUUUUA